CGGCCCGGCGGGAGUUGUAGUGCGCAGCGGGCGGAGGCGGCCGGGCCGGCCCCGGGGCGGACUACAAGUCCCACAGGCGGGGCGGGCGGCGGCGCCGGGUGUGUGCGGGAGCGGGCGGCGCGGCUGGGCUCGGCUCGGCUCGGCUCGGUAACCUCCCGUCUCUCCCUCUCGCAGCGGCGGCGGGCGACGAUGCAGGCGGAGUCGGGGAUCGUGCCGGACUUCGAGGUGGGCGAGGAGUUUCACGAGGAGCCCAAGACCUACUACGAGCUGAAGAGCCAGCCCCUCAAGAGCAGCAAUUCCGAGCAUCCUGGCGCUUCCAAGCCUCCCUUAAGCUCCUCCAGCAUGACCUCACGAAUCCUGCUACGACAGCAGCUCAUGCGUGAGCAGAUGCAGGAGCAGGAGCGUCGGGAGCAGCAGCAGAAGCAGCAAGCAGCCCAGUUCAUGCAGCAGCGAGUACCAGUCAGCCAGACACCUGCCAUCAACGUCAGCGUCCCUACCAGCCUGCCCCCUGCCACCCAGGUCCCCAUGGAGGUCCUCAAGGUGCAGACUCACCUUGAGAAUCCAACCAAGUACCAUAUCCAGCAAGCCCAGCGGCAGCAGGUAAAGCAGUACCUCUCUACCACUCUAGCAAACAAACAUGCCAACCAAGCCCUGAGCUUGCCAUGUCCAAACCAGCCCGGUGACCAUGUCAUGCCGCCCGGAACUGGAAGCAGCGCUCCCAACAGCCCGAUGGCCAUGCUUACCCUUAACUCCAACUGUGAGAAAGAGGGAUUUUAUAAAUUUGAAGAGCAAAACAGGGCUGAGAGUGAGUGCCCGGCUCUGAAUACACACUCACGAGCAUCAUGCAUGCAGAUGGAUGAUGUGAUUGAUGACAUAAUUAGCCUCGAGUCAAGUUACAAUGAAGAAAUCCUUGGCUUGAUGGAUCCAGCCCUGCAAAUGGCAAAUACGUUGCCUGUGUCUGGCAAUUUGAUUGACCUUUAUGGCAACCAAAGCAUGCCUCCUCCAGGACUAAACAUCAGCAACUCAUGUCCAGCCAAUCUUCCUAAUAUAAAAAGGGAGCUCACAGAGUCAGAAGCAAGAGCGUUGGCUAAGGAGAGGCAAAAGAAGGACAAUCACAACUUGAUUGAACGAAGAAGAAGAUUUAAUAUUAAUGAUCGUAUAAAAGAACUAGGCACUUUGAUACCCAAGUCAAAUGACCCGGAUAUGCGCUGGAACAAGGGGACUAUUCUGAAGGCAUCCGUGGAUUACAUCCGCAAGCUGCAAAGGGAGCAGCAACGCACGAAGGAGCUGGAGAACAGGCAGAAGAAGCUGGAACAUGCCAACAGGCACCUGCUGCUCAGAAUACAGGAACUCGAGAUGCAAGCUCGGGCACACGGACUGUCCCUUGUUCCAUCUACAGGCCUUUGCUCCCCUGAUAUGGUCAACAGGGCCAUCAAACAAGAACCUGUGCUGGACAACUGCAACCAAGACAUCCUGCCGCACCACACAGACCUGUCUUGCACAACCACCCUCGAUCUCACUGAUGGUACCAUCACCUUCAGUGACAACCUUGGGAGCGUGACUGAACCAACUGGCACUUACAGUGUUCCUGCCAAAAUGGGAUCCAAACUGGAAGAUAUCUUGAUGGACGAUACCCUCUCUCCUGUCGGAGUAACUGACCCACUACUUUCCUCUGUGUCUCCUGGAGCAUCGAAGACGAGUAGCAGGCGGAGCAGCGUGAGCAUGGAGGACACUGACCAUGCUUGUUAGCAUAUACUUGGCACACCUUUCAUAAACUGCUUUGUUUCUUGAUCAGUAGAUUAAACAGUUUACCUUUUGUAGAAUUUUUUGAUUUUUUUUUUCCCUUGUGCUUCAUCAGUAGCCCAGUGUGUGUGCGUGUGUGUAUAUAUUAUAUAUAUAGGAUUUUUUUUAGAUUUUUUGGUGAAGAAACUUGUAUAUUCUAUUUUAAAGCUACCAAUGCCUCCAAAAUAUUGUACAGCAUAUGUACAGUAUCUGUGAACUGGAUUCGCCAAGAACUUUGAACUGGUCAAAUUACUCAAAGCAAUAGAAUGAAUUACACAUGAAGAGUCUGUUUCUACUGGGGGGGAGGGGGGAAUCGUAGAGGUGUAAAUGCAACCUAUUUACUUGGAAACAAAAUGUACAGUUAAAAGAAUGUACAGAAACAACAACAAAAAGUCCAAAUUUGUAAUUGUAUUAAUUGAAUAGUGCUGCCUUAAAGAUACAGUGUCCCUCAAAUGUUGGUCUUUACAUGACAAGUGUUUAGGGAAAUAUACCCACCCUACUCCACUCAGAAUACAAACAAGCAAAAACAAGUGUUAAGACAUCCUGAUUGUGUUGAUUGUGAGAGGGAGAGGGGAGUCUCUUUCUCGGAGUGCUCUUUAAUUGUACUCUGAGCUGAUUUGAGUUUUCCUUUUGAUCAUGGUUCCAGUUUUUCUCUUAGAUUUUUAUUUUGUUUUGUAACACGUGUUGAUGGCUUGCUGAGAGGAAACCAAGCAGGAGCACUGUAAGUUGGUAGGUACACACUUUGGACAAAAAACCCCACAACAAUUGAGACAUUUUAUCAGCUGGGCACAUUACGUUGUACAUAUCUAAUUGGCUUUAUUUUUUUUUUAAUUGCAUUGUACAGUUUCUUUUGAUUUGCAUGGAUUCCUUAGUUAUCCUCAACUUUUUGUUUUAAAUAUAUUUGUAUUUCAUUUGUAAGAUUUUUGCCUCUUAAUAUUGCAAGAAUUUUUUGACAUUUUUAAAACUCAUUGGAAGUUUUCUGCGUUCUUUGUAAACACUUGAAAGGAAGCUUUUAUGCAGGGUUCUGUGUUUUAAGAGAGAUUUUGAGAAUAUUUUGUAUAUUACCGUCUCACUUUGAACAUGUUUUUAAACACAUUUAAGGUAGAGUAUAAAUUUAGAUUAGGUAAUAAAACAACUCUGUAGAGAAACUGAACUUACAUAUUUAUUUUUAGUGAUACAGGAAAAAAAAAGUAGUAAUAUGCUUGGAAACAUAACUAUGUAGUUAAUAUACCAGUUAUAGUAAUUUGUGUUUUAUUUCAGCACUGGGGCUGACAUAAGAAAAACAAAAAAGAAACAAAAAAAGAGUAAAUUACUGUAUCUGCAAAUAACUGUUACUUGAUAACAAUGUUAUUAAUUUUUAACAUGCAACAAUGUUGUACAAGUAGUUGGGUGCAUUAUCUACUCAAGUGUAGUCCUAUGCAAUACUGGUAGUUAUACUCGUAUUAUAUCAAGCCUGGGUGUUUGAGAGGGGUGACCUGUGGUGUUACGGGCUGGAUGGAGUGGAUGGAUUUCUCCAGAGCAGCCUAGAGCUGACUCGCAAGCGGCAGGCGGGCGAAUCCCGUUCGGAAUGAAGUGCCUUAAACUCUAGUUAUAGUCUUCCUGGACUAGCACUGACUGACGUGUGGCAUAGGAGGGAGCUUUCGGGUGGUGUGUUCCAGGACGCUGGGGUGUUGCAUGGUGCCUACGUAGAGAAAACAAGAGCUUCCCAUUCUCCUUUGUGCUACACGGGGAAUUACAGAGGGUAAGUGAAACGGUUAGUGAUGGGGGUGCCAGUGUGGGAGGUUCCUGAGGAAACCUUGAUGGCAGCAGCUGGUGUUCAGAAAUCAAAUGUGAACUGGGCAGCGAUGGGACAGCUGGGGACAGGGUCGGCAGUUCCCGGAGCUUGCGGCCUGGCUGGCUCAGCUUUCUCCUGAGGGUUUCCCUGUGGAGGGGUUCUUGGAGUGUCUCCUCCCAGUGCCAAUGGCUGGGGGCUUGGGGGGGAUGUGGCUUGCUGCUCUGGUGCUCCAGGGGCUUGCUGCUCCAGGGUCUGCGUUGCUGUUGCUCGUUCUGUGGCUGCUGCUGGCUGUCCUGCCAUCUCCGUUCCCACGUGAGCAGCAAGCUGUGUGUUGGCAUUGAUGCAACCACCAGGUUGUGGCUUUUGGUUUGUUGAGUUUUAAUUUUUUAUUUUUUUUUUUUAAGGAGGAGCUGGAGUUAGGUUUUCAUGAUGACUCUUCCCCCUACGCUCCAGACAGCUUUUGGGAAUGUGUCUUUCCUAGGGUAGUGAAGCUCUGGCCCAGGGCAGGACCUGGGACCCUGCAGGACAUGCUGCAGCCAUCGUGGUCCUUAGGCAGGGAAAUCCCCUGCCAGGCAGCUCUGCUGUGAUUAGCUCUGAGUAUGUGGGUACAGGCUUCUGGUGCUGCUGUUUGGUAAUGGUGACAGGUAAAGAAAAUCAGGGCUGUCAAAUGCUUGUAGCUGUAACACAGGGUUGCAUUACCCUUCCCCAUUGAAAUGGAACAGCUCUGCAGCAAAAUCAGGGUGUGCACGCUUGAGUGUAGUAGCUGAAAACCACUGAAUAGAUUGAAUAAGGCUUUGGUUUAGUGCCUGUGCUGGGCAUUCAGAAAUUCAAGUCUAGGCUGUGGUAUAUAAAUAUUUUUUCAAGCUGACUUGAAACACUGGUACCUGCUGGCAGCCAUGACUGAUAUUUGGCUUCAUGCUGUGUGGGGAUGAGUUAGGAUUCAAGAAAACUGUCAUAUCAAGAGCUGGAUUUCUUGAUAAAAGUCACUGUGACCCCAGCAGCUGUGUUGUGUGGUCCCUGUAUGUUGUGUCACUCGGAGGUAACAUGACUCGGUUGUGCCCUGCUCACUCAUCACCCCAUGUUUCCUUAGGCUACAGCCCUCCUCUGAGUUUAACCAACCUUUGAGUGGCAACAUGUUGGGGCUGUGGUGGUGACAUCUCAAGGAGACACGGACCUCUAGGUGGGUGCAAACUGGAGAUGGCUUUGCCUGUUUGCUCAUGGAGGAACAUGUGGCUGUGAGGUUUUGCAGCGGAUUGAUGGCAGAGGCCAGAGACAGUGUUUAGAGGCAGGGUUUGGCAUGAACUCGGUGGAGUGAGAUGGACAGAAGUUAUUGCCCAGUCUGAUGGUGGUGUCUUGAGGGACACUGGGCUGGCGGUGGCUUCCCUGAGUGAGCGGACAGGACACCUACCAGUUCUCACUUUGCCAAGGCCAUGCAACAAGCAGGAACAUGCAGAGUACCGUGGAGUUCUUCCUUUACUGCUUUUGGUCUACAAAGCAAUAUUUAACUCUUACAACCUGUAAAAGUAAAAAGAAGGUACAUGAGGAAAGCACAAAGCACAAAAUAAUGCACUUACAUUUAUGUUGUUUGACAUAAAAUGCACUGGGGGGGGAAGCUGAUGUUGAUAAUAGUAUAAAUACCUAUAUUUCUUGAAAAAGUGACAUUAAUUACUGCCUCUUGCUAUGAUGCUUGGUACUGUAAUGUUGAUAUUCAUCUGCUGUUGACUGCAGCAAUAAUUUGUGUAUGGUCCAUAGCACUGUAAAUUAUGGAUCAAUAUUAAUGUAUCCAAUGAAAUAAUUUGAACUGUUGUUCUUGAUAGAUGGAUUAAAGCAUUUGGUUUUUCACAUA